AUGCCUACUUCUCUCCCGUACGAGGAGCCCUCGCUCAUCCGCCUUCUCGUCUUCUCCUCAUUCCUCUACCUCCUCAACCUCGCCAGAAUCGCCGCUGACUUUCUGCUCCAUGGCGGGAUUGUCGCCGAAAUUGCACUCGGCAUCAUAUAUGGCUCACCUCUCGCUGCUCUGCUCCCGAUAGAAUGGGAGGAAACAUUCACCGUCUUAGGCUAUCUUGGCCUCAUCCUUGUCGUAUUUCAAGGUGGACUCUCCUCAAACCUCCCCAUGCUGCUCUCGAACCUCCCCCUGUCUACCGUAUGUGCCCUUGUCGGCGUCGGCGUCCCAAUCGCGUUCUCCUUCGCGCUCUUGAACGCGGCCUUUGGUUACAAGCCGCUUGAAGCGUUCGCCGCCGGCGCCGCGCUCUCCUCUACCAGUCUCGGGACAACCUUGGCCGCGUUGAAUAGCCAAUCUCGCAUAGGCACCGUGCUGAUAAGUGCCGCGAUCAUCGACGACGUCGUCGGCCUAGUCAUCGCAGCCGUAAUCCCCGCGCUAGCCCUCGUCCAGUUCCCCACCUCUCAGUCCGGCAACAGCGGCCUCGCGUGGACGAUCAUACGGCCGCUCCUGUCCUCCGUGCUGAUCGCCGCCAUUGCCCCUCUCGUGGCCCGCUUUAUCCUGAGACCGCUCUUCUGGUACCACGGUGUCGGCGAACUCGGUUGGGGAUCGGAGAAGCAUGCGGAUGCCGUCAAACUAUUUCUCAUGGUUGUGACCGUUAGUGCUAUGGCUGCGAUCUCGUACUAUACCAGCACGAGCAUCCUGUACGGUGCAUACAUAGCAGGUCUUAUACUCACGUAUAUAUCGCAACCUCCCUCCACACCGUCUCGCUCCACGGACGAUGCUGAACGCACAGACCGCGAACGCCGCCACAAACAGCGCACAGAAGACCUCUCCUUCGAGGCCGCAUCUUCCCGUCUAGUCAGCCCAGUGCAAGAACACGUCCUACUCCCGCUCUUCUUCGCAAGCAUCGGUUUCGCCAUCCCAUUCCUCGACCUCUGGAAGCCCAAGAUCAUCUGGCGCGGGAUCGUGUACUCGAUCCUCAUGUGCCUUGCGAAACUUGCGGUCGGGCUUCCGAUCCUUUCUCGCUCAGAACCACUGCACGAGCCGCCCCCUCCCAUCGGCGACUCGAAGCCCGAACCACGCGUCUCUCCCUCUCCCUCUCCCCCACCCCCGCCUACACCCCCACGCAUCCUCACAUCCACGCCCGCCGCCGUCUUCAUGGGCGUGGCCAUGGUCGCGCGCGGCGAGAUCGGCCUCCUCAUCGCGCAGCUCGCCCGCAGCUCCCCCUCCUCCGGCUCCCCCGGAUUGCUCGGCGAGGAGCCGUUCCUGCUGUGUAUAUGGGCGAUCCUGGUGUGCACGCUCGUGGGCCCGAUCAGCCUUGGGCUCAUUGUGCGGCGGUGGGGGGCAAGGGUGAAUGCUGGGGUGUGGGCGUAG